AUGAAGAACACGGCAGCACUCGACAUGGUGGACGCCAAUGUCCUGCUCGAUUUCGAUUCGCGUUAUGGCUAUGAUGAGACUGACCAGUGCCUGAAUUCAUCAGCGACAUGCAGGACCGCAAACUCCAUGUCAUCAGCCUUCGACAUAUCCACAAUGUCGCACAUGGGCAGCAGCGACACUCUGUACCCGAGUCCUCUCAGUUCGAGGCGUGUCACCGCCUCGCCACAGCCCAUGUCAACAGACCCGCCAGAAAGGUCGACUGACGAGGCGUACGCAUCAUCGUCGUCCGUGGCGGCGUCAAUAGCUACCGCAAAGCCCACGGCGAAAAGGAAGCGAGAGAACAGAUACAAAAACGCAGCUCCUUCGGUCCUCUCGCGACGUCGGGCGCAGAACAGGGCUUCACAGAGAGCUUAUCGCGAACGGAAGGAUCAGCGCAUCAAGGAUCUUGAGCUGCUGCUGUCAGAACAGAAGGAGAAGAGUGAAUCGCUUGGACAGGCAUACGCAAAUCUACAUGCCGAGUACUGUAAGCUUCGAGCAAUGCAAAGCCGGCCUCGACAGCCUCACCCUCACCAGCAGAUUCCCAUGUACGGGACGUCGGCCAUGAGUGGGAUGGCCUCUCAGGCAAAUAUGAGUUACAUGCCGGAAAGCAACUUCGUCUUCCAGACCAUGGCAGACUUCUCUCUGUGA